UCUGGACGCCAGACGCUCACACGCCGACGCCACGACCUCGAACCCGUCUCAUCGUUCAUCUCCUCCUCAGCAGAAGCAGCAGCAGACGUCUCUCCUCACGGGGAUCGAACACCUCCACUUUCCUCUGGAGGUGUGGCCGACCCGCUUUCCCCUCCUGAAUCUAUACGAAUAGAUAUCUCUUUUUUGUUUUCUCCUGGUGGUUUUGUGUCCGGUGCCGCCGGCCGCGUUGACUUUUUCCAACCUGGGGCGCGACUCAUGGGAUGCAACCAUGUCGGGUCUCAGCGAGCGCAGGCCGGUCAACACGGACUACGCUGUCUCCCUGCUGGAGCAGCUCAAGUUCUUCUAUGAACAGAAGCUACUGACGGACGUGGUGCUGCUGGUGGAGGACGCCGAGUUCCCGUGUCACAAGAUGGUCCUCGCCACGUGUAGCUCCUAUUUCAGAGCGAUGUUCAUGAGCGGCCUCAGCGAGAGCAAGCAGACGCACGUCCACCUGAGGAACGUGGACCCGGCCACUUUACAGAUCAUCAUCACCUACGCCUACACGGGCAACCUGGCCAUCAGCGACAGCACCGUGGAGCCGCUGUACGAGACGGCCUGCUUCCUCCAGGUGGAGGACGUCCUGCUGCAGUGCAGAGACUAUCUGGUGAAGAAGAUCAACGCCGAGAACUGCGUCCGCAUGCUGAGCAUCGGCGACCUGUUCAGCUGCACUGAGCUCAAGCAGUGCGCCAAACGCAUGGUGGAGCACAAGUUCCCCAUGGUGUACCGGCAGGAGGCCUUCCUGCAGCUGUCCCACGAGCUGCUGGUCGACGUGCUGAGCAGCGACAACCUCAACGUGGAGAAGGAGGAGACGGUGCGCGAGGCGGCCAUGCUGUGGCUGGAGUACAACAUGGAGACGCGCUCGCAGCACCUGUCCUCGGUGCUCAGUCAGAUCCGCAUCGACGCCCUGUCCGAGGUCACGCAGCGCGCCUGGUUCCAGGGUCUCCCGCCCAACGACAAGUCGGUGGUGGUGCAGGGUCUCUACAAGUCCAUGCCCAAGUUCUUCAAGCCGCGGCUGGGCAUGACCAAGGAGGAGAUGCUGAUCUUCAUGGAGGCCUUGUCUGAGACGCAGGUGGAGGGCUACGUCAUGUCGGGGUCCCUGCCCACCACGGUGGUCUGCUACAGUCCGCAGGCGGAGAAAGUGUACAAGCUCAACAACCCCCCCGGUGACCUGCAGAAGGUCGGGACCCUCGUCACCCCCGACAACGACGUGUUCAUCGCCGGAGGGCAGAUCCCUCUCAAGAACUCCAUCACCAACCACGGCAAGAGCGGCAAGCUGCAGGCCGUGUUCCGCUCGGUGGACAGCUUCUACUGGUUCGACGCCCAGCAGAACGCCUGGGUGCCCAAGACGCCCAUGCUGUGCGCCCGCAUCAAGCCCUCGCUGGUCUACUGCGAGGGCUACAUCUACGCCAUCGGGGGGGAUAACGUCGGGGGGGAGCUGAACAAGCGCACGGUGGAGCGCUACGACUGCGAGAAGGACGAGUGGAGCAUGAUGAGCCCGCUGCCCUUCGCCUGGAACUGGAGCACGUCGGUGGCGGCGCACGACUGCAUCUACGUGAUGACCCACGACCUCAUGUACUGCUACUUCCCGCGCGCCGACACCUGGGUGGAGAUGGCGAUGCGCAAGACCAGCCGCUGCUUCGCCUCGGCCGCCGCCUUCGGCGACCUCAUCUUCUACAUCGGCGGCCUCCACGUGGUCAGCAACUCCGGCAUCCGCCUGCCGACCAGCACCAUCGACGGCUCCUCCGUCACCGUGGAGAUCUACGACGUCAACAAGAACGAGUGGCGCCUGGCCGCCAACAUCCCCGCCAAGCGCUACUCGGACCCGUGCGUGCGGGCGGUGGUGCUGCUCAACUCGCUGUGCGUCUUCAUGCGCGAGACGCACAUGAACGAGCGCGCCAAGUACGCCAUCUACCAGUACGACGUGGCGCUGGACAGCUGGUACCUGCGGCAGCCCGUGUCGGAGCGCGUGCUCUGGGACCUGGGGAAGGACUUCCGCUGCGCCGUGGGGAAGCUGUACCCGUCCUGCCUGGAGGAGUCCCCCUGGAAGCCCCCCACCUACCUCUUCUCCCCCGACGGCGGGGAGGAGUUCGAGGUGGACGGCGAGCUGGUGACCCUCCCUCACGUAUAGCUCUUAACCUCCCCCCCCCCGCCUCGCUGACCAGGAUCUGUUACGCUGAGGGAUGAACACGA